AUGAGUUAUGACGGUUAUUAUAUUUAUGGAUGCUAUUUUUCUACCAGCUGUCAUCGCAACACCAAAUUUUAUACUGAUCCUGUUGAAGCUGUGAAAGAUAUACCCAAUGGAGCAACUAUACUUGUUGGUGGUUUUGGGUUGUGUGGGAUUCCUGAAAAUCUCAUUGGGGGUUUGCUGAAGACUGGAGUAAAGGGAAUAACAGCAGUCAGUAAUAAUGCAGGUGUUGACAAUUUUGGACUUGGUCUUCUGCUUCAGACUAAGCAGAUAAAACGCAUGGUGUCAUCAUAUGUUGGAGAGAAUGCAGAAUUUGAACGCCAGUAUUUAGCUGGCGAGCUUGAAGUUGAGCUUACACCUCAGGGUACGCUCGCUGAACGUAUUAGAGCAGGAGGAGCAGGAAUCCCAGCGUUUUACACCAGUACCGGCUAUGGGACAUUGGUGCAGGAAGGGGGUGCGCCUAUCAAAUACAACACUGAUGGCACCAUUGCCAUUGCCAGCCAGCCAAGAGAGGUGCGAGAGUUUGACGGCCGUCACUUUAUUCUGGAGAAGUCAAUUACAGGAGAUUUUGCUCUUGUGAAGGCAUGGAAGGCUGAUCGUGCAGGAAACAUCAUUUUCAGGAAAACUGCAAGAAACUUCAACCAACCCAUGUGCAAAGCGGCCAAGACAACAGUGGUAGAGGUAGAAGAAAUUGUUGAUAUAGGAGCAUUUGCCCCAGAAGACAUUCAUGUUCCCAAAAUCUAUGUUGAUCGUCUGAUACAAGGAGAGAAGUUUGAGAAGAGAAUUGAACGCUUAUCAAUCCGAAAGCCUGAAGACUCAAAAGCCAAACAAAAACAAGGAGACAAUGUGAGGGAGAGGAUCAUCAGACGGGCUGCUUUAGAGUUUGAAGAUGGCAUGUAUGCUAAUCUGGGUAUUGGAAUCCCACUGUUGGCCAGUAACUUCAUCAGUCCAGACAUAACUGUUCACUUACAGAGUGAGAAUGGAGUCCUGGGUUUGGGUCCUUAUCCACUUGAAAAUGAAGUAGAUCCAGACCUGAUUAAUGCAGGUAAGGAGACAGUCACUGUUCUUCCAGGUUCUUCAUAUUUCUCUAGCGAUGAAUCAUUUGCAAUGAUAAGAGGAGGCCAUGUUGAUUUGACAAUGCUUGGAGCUAUGCAGGUGUCUAAGUACGGUGACCUGGCCAACUGGAUGAUUCCUGGUAAGAUGGUGAAAGGAAUGGGGGGUGCCAUGGACCUGGUAUCCAGUGCACAGACCAAAGUGGUUGUCACCAUGGAGCACUCGGCCAAGGGCAAUGUCCAUAAAAUUUUGGAGAAGUGCAAUUUACCACUUACUGGGAAACAGUGUGUAAACCGCAUCAUUACAGAGAAGGCUGUGUUUGAUGUGGACAAGAAGAAGGGAUUGACCCUUGUGGAAAUCUGGGAAGGACUGUCAGUGGAUGAUAUCAAGAAAAGUACUGGCUGUGACUUCACAGUUUCGCCAAAACUGAUACCAAUGAGGCAGAUUUAA